GCGAUCUGAGAAAUAAUCAAAAUUCUUCGAACAACACGUGAAUAAAUUCGAAGAAUGAAUGUUUUUUUUUUUUUCUCAAGAAUAUUCGUCAAGGAUACGUCAUACAAUAGCGAAGAUCAUUAACCUUUCGCAUCUGGAUGAUAUCAUCAAGACGAACUUAUAAAUUUUUUUCUUACUUCGUUUCAGUUUUAUUACUGGACGAAACAGACGACUUUUCAAUUUUUAAUUUUAUUAUUCUUUCUUUCUUUUUUUUCGUUUCUUUCUUUCACGUGGAUCUCACAUACGCGUUCGCUUUGAACAGUGACGAAUAGGUGAAAAUAUUUCUCGAACGUUGAUAAGUUACGUUCGCAAAAGAAAAAACAAUUUUUUUUUUAAGGAAAAAAUAUCGGAGUGACAGAGUAAAGAAAAAACAAGUUUGUUUUAUUUGAACGUCGACUCGUUUUAUUUAUUAUGGAGGAACAAGACACCAGUGCAUUUCAAUCUUACACAGAGAAUAAUAACAUCUACGAGACUUAUCAAGUCGACAAGGCUGAUAAUAAUCUUUUCAAUCUUGAUGCCCUAUUGGCGGAUUUACAAAACACUGUAUCGUCCGAAGGCAAUCACGUUAGUAGCAACGCUACACCAGGUUACGGUUCGUUAAAUGGUGCAAGAACGCAUAACACGAAUGCAUAUAGAUCUUACGAAAGUAGAACUUCUCCAUUACCGUCACAAUCGCCGACUUAUCAAAAUCGUGAGGCCAUCGAGGAGACCAUAACAAAAUCUUCGAGUACAACUUAUACACAAAAUCCUAGCACUGGUGGAAAAAUGCCAUCGUUGAACAACAAUCUUUCUGAAUUGGACACGUUGCUUCAAGAUUUGAGCAAUGCACGUUACAAUUCGCAUUAUCAUGAAAGAGAUAGUCAUGUAUCAACGGGGGGUGUAAAUGGGGGUACGACUAGUCCGAUGCUUCGUUCACCAAGUAGUAUGUCAGCCCCUCGCCCCACCGUCGAUGCUUUGCUCGAAGAACUUAACACAGCGGUGCCUAAUGGGGAUUAUCCUAGCGAUGGUAGAGUGAAGGUCACCAUACAGGAAACCUCAACAGAGAUUCAACCGGUCUACGAUGGUUACCCUUCGAGUCAGCAUGGUUCCUUGAAUCGAUCAGAGAUUCAACAACGUAGUUAUGCCAACGGUCAUACUGCCAGUAACGCAACGAAAGAGCUCGACGAUUUGAUGGCCUCCCUUUCCGAGUUCAAGAUCAAUAGCAGCUCUCAUCAACAUCAAACGGUGACCGAUUCUCCAUACGCUAAGCCCAAUAAAGCGACUAAAAGUUCGCAAAGCCCAUUGCCACCGGCUGAGGGUACACAAACGAGAAUACACAUUACAGAAACUCAAACGACACAUCAUUAUCAGCAACAACAGCACGGAGAAAGUCAUACCGCACAAGCCGCGACACAAAUCAAACAGAAUCAGUUGGAUUCUAUGCUAGGAAAUCUUCAGGCAGAUAUGAGCCGUCAAGGUGUGAACACUACGCAAAAGGGAUGCUGCAGUGCCUGCGAGAAACCUAUCGUAGGCCAGGUUAUCACGGCCUUGGGUAAGACCUGGCACCCUGAACACUUCACAUGUACUCAUUGCAAUCAAGAAUUGGGUACACGUAACUUUUUUGAAAGAGAAGGACAUCCUUAUUGUGAACCUGAUUACCAUAAUCUUUUCUCACCGCGUUGUGCUUAUUGCAAUGGUCCAAUUCUCGACAAAUGUGUUACCGCUUUGGAGAAGACUUGGCACACGGAACACUUCUUCUGUGCUCAAUGUGGCAAACAAUUUGGUGAGGAAGGUUUUCACGAACGAGAUGGAAAGCCAUAUUGUCGGGAAGAUUUCUUCGACAUGUUCGCACCUAAAUGCGGUGGUUGCAAUCGAGCAAUCAUAGAAAAUUAUAUUUCUGCAUUGAACAGUCAAUGGCAUCCGGAUUGUUUCGUCUGCAGAGACUGUAGGCAGAAAUUUCAAGGAGGGUCCUUUUUCGAUCAUGAAGGAUUACCCUAUUGUGAAACACAUUAUCACGCCAAAAGAGGUUCAUUGUGUGCUGGUUGUCAUAAACCAAUAACAGGACGCUGUAUAACUGCCAUGUUCCGAAAAUUCCAUCCAGAGCACUUUGUCUGUGCAUUCUGUUUAAAACAAUUAAAUAAGGGUACUUUCAAGGAACAAAACGAUAAACCAUACUGCCAUGGGUGCUUCGACAAACUCUUUGGAUAAGAUCGACGAAUAUUGUUUUCAUUCAUAUGUUCAUUAUUCACAUGAUGAUUAAGUGAUAGGCUAUCUUGCUUGAGAUUUUAUCGAUAAACAAAAGAAAGAAAAAAGAAAAAAGAAACUUAUGAAUUCACACACACGAAUCGUUGAUACAUCUAUAGAUACAUAUAAUAAUUAUAAUUAUAAUAAUAAUAGUAAUAAUAAUUUUAAACUUUUAAACGAUACGAUGAACUAAAAAAAGAAAAGAAGAUAAAAAGUUCAUUAAUCUUUUUGCUACAGCUUGAUACAGCCUUUUAAGAUUUUUAUACGCCUUAAUUUUCUUAAGUAGAAAGAUAGGUAGAUGUUAGUACCAACAUUUUUAUUAUAUAUCUGUCUCUUUCUCUCUCUCUCUCUAUCUCCCUCUUUUUCACUUUUUCUCAAUAAAAAUACAUUUAAUAGAGUCCCUCGAUAGAUAAUACGCUUUGUAUUGUCUUCCAAUGUUUAAACGUGGACGUACAUACAUACAUAUUUUAAAGGAAGGACAUUGAAAAAUAUGACAUAUUUGAAUUUUCGUCAUAAAUGUAUAGAGAUUAUCGAAAAAAGGGUGCUAAUUCAUAACGUGUUUUAAUUAAUUUCUUUUUCUUUUUUAAUUCUAUUUUCAACUAAUGAUAUGUACGUAAAAUAUUUAACUAUUUCCGAUAAUUUCUAUAUAAAUAUUUAUAUAUACAAAGAAAGAAUGAGAACACAGUUUUAAAUGAAUACUUUCAUUAAGUUUCAUAAUUAUAUUUAUGAAAUAUUUAUGUACAGUUAAAACGAUUAACUCCGAGCAAGCAACGAUGUUCAUUUUCCAUUUAAUUUUUCAUUAAUUUGUUUUUUUUUAAAUCAAAUAAAAAUCGAAUCAUCACACACAUUUGAUUCCAUCGUUCUUUCGAGAUAGACAUUAUAAUAAGUGUGCAUGAUACUUUUUUCUCGGCAGUUUAAUAUACAAAUGUAUACAUAUACGAUGAUGUAAUAGUAUAGAAUAGCUGAAAAUGUAAGCAAAAUACACUACAUGCGUUCACUACAAAA